AUGACUCAAAUAAAGGAAUUUGCGGCUAACCUUGCGAACUGUCGCCAACAGACGACGGGACAAGCGCCAGUUCUCCUUCUGUCGCCUGCAGAAGAGCUUCUCCGACAGCUACUUCUAGCCUGUCGAGACAGCAUCGUCUCCAGCAAAAAUGAUAUGAUGAAUCUGGACAUGUGGUUCGUCGGUGGAUGGGUUCGAGACAGACUUCUUGGUCGUCAAUGCUCAGAUAUCGACGUGGCGCUGAGCUCCAUGACUGGAAUCCAGUUCGGCCACGCACUCGAGAAUUAUCUCCAGGGAGAGAAACAUAAGUAUAUCGAGGAGGCAAGGCGCCGCGGAGUUCCCACUGUAAUCUCAAAGCUGCACGAGAUCAAAAAGAACUCAAAGAAAUCCAAACACCUAGAGACAGGAAGUUUCCAUAGUAUUUUCGGCCUCUCAGUGGAUUUCGUGAAUCUCAGAAAGGAAACCUACAGCGAGGAGAGUAGGAUUCCGCAAAUGGAGUUUGGCAAUCCGGAGGAGGAUGCUCAUCGUCGCGAUGCUACAAUCAACGCUCUGUUCUACAACCUCAAGACUGGAAUAGUUGAAGAUCACACUGAGCUUGGACUGCAUGACCUGGCUGCUGGUGUCAUCAGAACGCCAUCAAGUCCCUUCGAAGUCUUUGAUGAUGACCCCCUCAGAAUCCUCCGAUUAAUCCGGAUCGCGACUCAGCUUGGUUUUCGGAUUGAACGAGAGACAGUGCAAGCGAUACGAAGUGCCGAGCAGCCGGAACAACUCUGCGCGAAGGUCAGCCGUGAGCGGGUAGAAACAGAGCUCAUAAAGAUUCUCAAAGACCCAAACACGCUUUCGGCUUUUCAAUUGAUCCAUGAACUCCGUCUUUACAAUGCAGUCUUUCUCCGCGGGUUGCGAGAUAGUGAGAACGAGGACGCAAGCUGGGCUCUUCAGCAGUCGGGGUGGUAUGGCCCAUGGCACAGUGAAUGGGCUCGCACCUUUGAAACUGUGGCUUUCCUGUUGAGCGGGGGAUCAAAGCCACUUAGGGAUAUUCUGCUCCAGCCCGAGAAAAUGGACAACGUCUGGCUGCUGACUGCUUUUGUGCCGAUUGGAUUCGGCUGUCUUGAUGAGCUUGCAGAGCGAGAAGUACAAGUUCCGGGAUUUGUAUCUCUGUCAAUGAGAAAUUAUCAUCGCAUCCGGCAUUGCAUGGGCGAGGCUACGGCAGAUGGGUCUUUCCCCGGAAGACUACCUCGAGGUACACUCGGACUGUUGAUUAGAAUGUGCGGCAGUACUUGGAGAUUACAAGUGCUGUACGCGCUCCUGAAAGAUGAUGUCCGUCAGAUGAGGUACGGUAAUGAAAAGCUGGCCUUGAUUGAGAAAUGGUCGAGGUUUGUGGAGCAUAUAAUUGAACAAAAGUUGGAGGACGCACCUUACGUCAAGCCCAUACUCAACGGCCAUGAAUUGAUGGCGUUAUUCAAGCUCAAAAGGGGCGGCCCAUUCAUGCAGGAAGCAUUAGAUGACCUCUUGGAAUGGCAGUUUAACCAUGAGAAUGCUACGAAGGAGGAAGCGAUGAAGUGGAUGCUUACACAGAGGGAGAAUUACCACGUCUGA